AAACUUCCUGGGAAAUAAUUCUUGUGACUGAAGCAAAAUUUCUCUUUGAUGAGCAUUUUGUGUUCCUGUUAAACUUGGAUUACAAAAGAGUUCGCAGCAUCUUCAGAUAUUGAAGAAAAUAAUAAAUUUUUGUUAAGAUCUACAUUUGUGAUGUGAAAAGGAAAAUAAUAAGAAGCGAAAUAUGUGAGGACAAUGUGAAAUGCUGACGGAACAUAUUGAGUUGAAUGAGGAGAUGCCAAAAGAAAAAGAAAAGAAAUCACACCAGUGUGAUAUCUGUCAAAAGUCGUUUGGUCGAAAUCACACCCUCACCAUUCACAAACGUAGUCACACAGGUGAGAAACGGUUUCACUGUGAUGUCUGUGGUAAACCAUUCGCUGAGAAGUACCAAUUGACUAAACACAUACGUGUUCAUACAGGAGAGAGACCAUACCAUUGUGAUAUCUGCGGUAAAUCAUUCUCUCAGUCUACUCACGUAACUAAACAUAAAUUCAUUCAUACUGGAGAGAAACAAUUUCACUGUGAUAUCUGCGGAAAAUCGUUCUAUCAGAUUCACGACUUAACUAAACACAAAUACAUUCAUACUGGAGAAAAGCGAUAUCAGUGUGAUAUCUGUGGUAAAUCUUUUACUCGAUCAGAUCAUUUGCUGAAACAUAAAAGUGUUCAUACUGGAGAGAAACCAUAUGACUGUGAUAUCUGUGGUAAACCAUUCUCCCAAAAAGAACAGUUAAUUGCACACAAACACAUUCAUACAGGGGAGAAACCAUAUCAGUGUGUUGUCUGUGGUAAGGCGUUCUCUAGGUUAGGAGCUUUAACUAAACACAAAGGUAUUCAUACAGGUGAGAGGCCGUUUCAUUGUGAUGUCUGUGGUAAGUCUUUCCAUGAUGAAAAUGGCUUAGCUAAACACAUACGCGUUCACACAGGGGAGAAGCCAUAUCAGUGUGAUACAUGUGGGAAAUCGUUCUCACAGAAUCCGCAUUUAACUGCACACAAGCGUAUUCAUACUGGGGAGAAACCGUAUGACUGCGAUAUCUGUGGUAAACCAUUCUCUCGAAAAGAACACUUAACUGCACACAAGCGCAUUCAUACAGGUGAGAGACCAUUUCAUUGUGACGUGUGUGGCAAAUCGUUCUCUCAAAAAAACCACUUAAAUACACACAAGUACGUUCAUAAAUGAGAGAAGUU